UCCACCGCACAUUCUCAUUAUAAAUUUACCACUUCCACUUUUGAUGUUUGUUUUCCACUCUUUUAAUUUAAGGGUCUUCAUCGUAUCAUAUUCAACCCCCUCUAAUUUUGUAGCUAACUAUAUACUCUUUAAUGUCACCCACUAACAACCAGUUUCUGUAUUAAUAUACCUCACUACCUUUGCUCCCCUUUAUAUAUGAACUUCUUCACUGCCACCAACUUCCCCACACCAAAAAUCUAUACUUUUUUACCUAAAUGUCAAAGGGCUCUUUCGGAUUCACAUAAAGCUAUGAAAUUUGAAGACUAUCUCAUGGAGAAAAGCCAAGAGCCUCACAAUAGACAAAGCCUUGAGAAAGAGGUUGUUCAAUUGCAAGCACAGUUGAAGUGUGAAGAGGCACUCAAUAGGAUCCUACGUUGUGCUCUUCAUGGACCUGUUUUUUCUCUUCCACUCAUUCCCCCAUUGUUUCCACCUCAGAUUCGGGAGCUUCUUCAAGAAUUGGCAAAGGUUGAGGAAGAGAUCAUCAUGCUAGAAAGUAAAGUUCAGGAACUGAAACUUAGAUUGUUCCUGGAGAGGUACCAGAACAUGGAUUUGGAAAUACAGCAUAGGAGACAACAACAGCCUAAACUAUAUAAACAGUUCCGAGGAUCUUCAAGACAUGGUUCAAUGAUUACCGAGCAGAGGUCAAGUUCUCUCGAUUAUGAAGUGAUAAGUAAAGAAAGAAAGAUAAGCAACAGAAGAGCCUCUCUAGGUUCUGCAUUGGAUUUCCACAGCUUAUUUUCCACACCAAGAAGGUCAACAGAAUAUGAAGUGCCAAGAAGGAGUAGUGGUAAGAUAGCUAGAGAAUACCCUAUCCAUAUAGAAGAUGCCAUUGAAAAACCAAAUGAAAUGUCAGAGGAACUGCUCAAGUGUCUGAUAGGCAUUUUUCUGGAAUUGAACAAAGCAUCAUUGGACAGAGAAGAAUCAGAAACUGUCCCUAGACUCACUCUUCCAUGCAUGAAGUCCACUGGCUUGAUAGCAAAGACCUCAUCAAACAGCAAGGCACCUUCAAAUAGCAAUGUCUCAUGUCUUGAUCCUUAUGGCAUAUCAUCAGAUUUGGAUUGCACAGCAAGAGAUGUAGGACCUUACAAAGACUUCAUUCAGAUCACAAGGAGCUCAUUGGACAUAGACCGUUUUUCACAAUGCCUACCAGCAUUCAGGAAAUUGAGGGUGUUGAUGCAUAAGCUAUGUGAUGUGGAUUUAAGUUUCUUGACCUAUAAGCAGAAGUUGGCCUUCUGGAUCAACAUCUACAAUGCCUGCAUAAUGAAUGCAUUUCUAGAUCAUGGCCUCCCUUCUACUCAGGAGAAACUGUUGUCUCUAAUGAAUAAGGCUGCAAUGAAUGUUGGCGGGAUUGUACUGAACGCUCUUGCUAUCGAACACUUCAUUCUUCGGCACCCAAGUGAAUCAAAACAUGGUGCUGUGGACGAAAAGGAAGUGCUAUUACGACAUGCUUAUGGUCUGGGAUAUCCAGAACCCAAUGUCACCUUUGCUCUUUGUCGAGGAACCUGGUCCUCACCAGCAUUAAGGGUGUACACUUCAGACGAAGUUGUGAACCAAUUGGGAAGGGCUAAAGUGGAAUACUUGGAAGCUUCGGUGGGUAUCACAAACAAGAGAAAGAUAGUUGUGCCUAAGCUUUUGGAGUGGCAUAUGCAUGAUUUUGCAGAUGAAAUGGAGUCACUGUUAGAAUGGAUUUAUAGCCAAUUGCCACGCUCAGGUUCAUUGAAGAGGGCCACCAUGGAGAGCCUCAUACGAGAAACAAAAUAUCCUAUGUCUAAGAUGGUGGAAGUUCAGCCAUAUGAGUCUGAAUUCCGCUACCUCCUUCCUAUAUAAAUAAGAAAGUAAAAUGCCACACUUUUACUUUUUGUUUUCUGAAAAUUUUUCAGUUAGUAGUGAAAUCUUUAUAUGUUUGAUUAUAUAGUUGUAUUUAUGUUCCGUUAAUUAGCUUAAA